UUGCGCAUUUCCGUUGCCAUAACGUCACUUCUGGAUGUCAAUAUGCGGCUUGGUGCGGCGCUGGGAAACUGAGCCACAGGAAAGAUGUAAACCAAGCAACAGAGCCAAGACCGACCUAAACGAAGACACUGAACGUUAACCCCAGGGAAACCGUACCUUAGGUCCGAUAAACGGAACCACGCCAGCGGUCAGCUCGUUGAGUCGCUUUCCCCCGAAUCAGCGGAGCGCCUGCCUCAAGCAGCCAUCUUUUGUGAGAGAAUGUACGGGGCGACACGGCGGGCCUGCUCGGGCUCUGGCUGGGGCCGGAGCCUGCUGAUGCUGAAAACGGCGCUCCUGCUCUCGGCUAUCGGGCUGCUCUCCGGGCUGCCCCGCUUCACCGAGGCGAAGGAAUGCGACAAACCUUGUAUGAACGGGCAGUGCAACACAGCGACUGGCAACUGUGUGUGCUUCCCCGGCUGGGUUGGGGACCAAUGCCAGCACUGCGGAGGGCGAUUCAGGUUGACGGGACCCUCUGGUUAUCUGACUGACGGCCCAGGGAACUACAAGUACAAGACCAAGUGCACCUGGCUGAUCGAGGGACAGCCCAACACCAUACUCCGAUUGCGGUUCAACCACUUUGCCACUGAAUGCAGCUGGGACCACCUUUAUGUGUAUGACGGAGACUCCAUCUACGCACCGCUUCUCGCCGCUUUCAGUGGUCUGAUUGUUCCUGAGCGUUACGGCAAUGAGACAGUUCCCGAGGUGGUGUCGCAAUCCGGCUACGCCCUGCUGCACUUCUUCAGUGAUGCCGCCUACAACCUGACAGGCUUCAACAUUUCCUACAGGGUGAACACAUGUCCCAACAACUGCUCCGGCCAUGGCGAGUGUCGCGUGGGGAACUCCACCGCUUCGGUGUAUUGCGAGUGUGAGGCCAACUGGAAGGGGCAAGCCUGUGAUGUCCCCUACUGCCAGGCGGAUUGUGGAGACCCUGAAAGGGGUCGCUGCCAGGGCAAGACCUGCAUCUGCAAGACCGGAUGGCAAGGUCCCGACUGCUCCGUCUCAGUCCCUGCCAACUCCUCCUUCUGGAGCCGGGAGGAGUACUCUGAGGCCGGGCUGGCGAGGGCUUCCCACAAGGCCGUGGUGGACCAGGACAUCAUGUGGGUCAUCGGAGGCUACGUCUUCAACGCCUCCGACUAUCACGUGGUCAAAGCGUAUAACCUCAGCAGUAAGAGCUGGCUGACCCUCGACCCCUCCGUCAACACCGUCACACCGCGAUAUGGACACUCACUGGCUCUGCAUGAGGGAAAGAUCUACAUGUACGGAGGAAAGAUCGACUCCACAGGAAACGUGUCCAGCCAGCUGUGGGUUUUCCACAUCCAGAACCAGACCUGGGUCCUCCUGAAUCCCCGGGCCAAGGACCAGUAUGCCGUGGUGGGACACUCGGCCCACAUUGUGCCUCCCGUCCAGGAGGGGGCCGGUCCCAUCAUGCUGGUUCUGUUUGGACACUGUCCUCUGUACGGUUACAUCAGCCGGGUGCAGGAGUACAACAUCGCCAAGAACACAUGGAGCCUGGUGUCCACAGAGGGCGCUCUUGUGCAGGGCGGCUACGGCCACAGCAGUGUUUUCGACCCCGGCACCAGAGCCAUCUACAUCCACGGAGGCUACAAGGCCUUCAGUGCCAACAAGUACGGCCUGGCUGGAGACCUGUACAAGCUCGACGUGGACAAGAGGAAAUGGACCAUUCUGAGAGACAGCGGCUUCUUCCGGUACCUCCACACAGCGGUGAUAGUGAGCGGGACGAUGCUGGUGUUUGGAGGAAACACGCACAACGACACGUCAAUGAGCCACGGAGCCAAGUGCUUCUCCUCCGACUUCCUGUCCUACAGUCUGGCCUGUGAUGAGUGGACCGUGCUGCCUCGACCGGACCUCUACCAUGACGUCAAUCGCUUCGGACACUCGGCAGCCUUCAGUGACGGCGUGAUGUACGUGUUCGGCGGCUUCAACAGCCUGCUGCUCAGCGACGUCCUCAUGUACACCUCGCCCAGCUGCUCGGCCUUCUCCAGCCAGGCGUCCUGCAGCCAGGCCUGGCCGGGGAUCCUGUGCGUCUGGAACGGCACCCAGGACGCCUGCCUGCCCUGGGAGAGCAACGCAGUGGGAGCCGAACAUCAGCAGCUGCCAGCUUCCUGUAGCACGCGAUCAUAUGCUGAUAACGAGAGGUGCGACCAGUACACGGACUGCUACAGCUGCACUGCGAACACCAACGGCUGCCAGUGGUGUUCAGGCCAGUGUGUGUCUCUGGGAAGCAACUGCACCUCCGCCACAGCGGCCAUAGGGGAGUAUGCAGCCUGCCCCAAGGACAACCCCUCAUACGUGUGCAACAAGAAAACCAGCUGCAAGAGCUGCGCCGUGGACCAGAACUGUCAGUGGGAACCUCGCAACCAGGAGUGCAUCUCACUGCCAGAGAACGUGUGCGGUGAAAGUUGGCAUCUGGUGGGAAACUCCUGUCUGAAGUUCAUCACAGCGAAGGACUCGUACGACAACGCCAAACUGGCCUGCAGGAGCCACAACGCCGUGCUGGCCUCGCUGACCACGCAGAAGAAGGUGGACUUCGUCCUGAAGGAGCUGCAGAUUAUGAGCGUGGUGUACAAGGCCACAGUGACGCCCUGGGUGGGGCUCAGGAAAAUCAAUGUGUCGUACUGGUGCUGGGAGGACAUGUCGCCCUUCACCAACACCAGCCUGCAGUGGCUGCCGGGUGAGCCGAGCGACGCCGGCUUCUGUGGCUACCUGGCCGAGCCAGCAUCCAGUGGACUGAAGGCACAAUCCUGCAUCAACCCAGUGAACGGCAGCCUGUGUGAACGGCCAGCCAACCACAGUGCCAAGCAGUGCCGGACGCCGUGUGCCAUGAGAACCACCUGCAGCGAGUGCACCAGCAGCAGCUCAGAGUGCAUGUGGUGCAGCAACAUGAAGCAGUGCGUCGACUCCAACGCCUACGUGGCCUCCUUCCCCUUCGGACAGUGUAUGGAGUGGUACACCAUGAACACUUGUCCACCGGAGAACUGCUCCGGUUACAGAACAUGUGGCCAGUGUCUGGACCAGCCGGGCUGCGGUUGGUGCACCGACCCCAGUAACACGGGCAAAGGGCAGUGCAUCGAGGGCUCGUACCGCGGGCCCUUCCAGACCUCCGUCCCGGCCCCAUCCACUCUCCCGGGCCUGCCCGCCAGCCCCCAGCCAGCCCUCAAUGCCAGCAUGUGCCCUAGUGAGGCCAAAUACAACUGGUCCUUCAUCCACUGCCCAGCUUGUCAGUGCAACGGUCACAGCCAGUGUGUCAACGAGAGCGUGUGCGAGAAGUGCGAGGACCUGACAACGGGCCGACACUGCGAGAGCUGCAUCUCCGGCUUCUACGGCGACCCGACCAACGGGGGCAGCUGCCAGCCCUGUAAGUGUAACGGCCACGCCAGCAUGUGCAACCCCAACAACGGCAAGUGCUUCUGCACCACGAAAGGCAUCAAAGGAGAUCGCUGCCACCUGUGUGAAGUGGAGAAUCGUUACCAAGGCAACCCCCUCAAAGGAACAUGCUACUACACGCUGCUCAUCGACUACCAGUUCACCUUCAGCCUGUCGCAGGAGGACGACCGCUACUACACCGCCAUCAACUUCGUGGCCACACCUGAGGAGCCAAACCGGGAUCUAGACAUGUUCAUAAAUGCCUCAAAGAACUUCAACCUGAACAUCACCUGGGCCGCGAGCUUCACAGCGGGCACCCAGACCGGCGAGGAGAUCCCAAUCGUCUCUCGGAGCAACAUCAAGGAGUUCAAGGACAGCUUCUCCAACGAGAACUUUGACUUUCGCAACAGCCCUAACAUCACGUUCUUUGUCUAUGUCAGCAACUUCACGUGGCCCAUCAAGAUCCAGAUCGCCUUCUCCCAGCACAGUAACUUCAUGGAUCUGGUGCAGUUCUUUGUCACGUUCUUCAGCUGCUUCCUGUCCCUGCUCCUGGUGGCCGCCGUGGUUUGGAAGAUCAAACAAAGCUGCUGGGCGUCACGGCGACGAGAGCAACUGCUGAGAGAGAUGCAGCAGAUGGCCAGCCGGCCUUUCGCCACCAUCAACGUCGCCUUGGAGACGGACGAGGAGCCACCCGACCUGAUAGGAGGAAACGUCAAGUCCGUCCCAAAACCCAUCGCCCUGGAGCCUUGCUUCGGCAACAAAGCCGCCGUGCUCUCCAUCUUUGUGCGGUUACCCAGGGGCACCGGCGGCAUCCCUCCUCCAGGACAGUCUGGUCUGGCUGUGGCCAGUGCGCUGGUGGACGUCUCUCAGCAGAUGUGUGUGGGCUACAAGGAGAAGUCAGGAGGCCUGAGGAACCGCAAACAGCAGCCCACCGCACAGCCAUCCACCUGUAUCUGACCACGCCCCUCGUCCUCCUCUUCCGCCGCACCACCCGAUGCUCUCCCGUCAGCGCCCCCCACGGCCUCAGCCCCCUCCCUCAGAGACUUCCGCCAGCUCCGCUCUGGCAGGGAGCGGUGCAUGCUGGGACGCAGAACUGGAACAUUUUGGCUCUGGAACUCAGCCCCUCCCUCUCCUCCUACAGGAACUGUGGGUCCCCACGAACUGAUUGACAGGAACUGGACACAAGGAGGGGGAGCAGGGGAGGGAGGGAGGGACAGAGCGGGUGCUGACUUCACCCUUUCCCCUCAAGAGAACAUUUCACAUUUGUCGACACCGCCUCGGUAGAGUCGAGGCGGCCACGGCUUGCUGCUAGAAGAGAUCGUCGUCUCGUAGUUUUUGAAAAAUCCAGAGACUUUGCGACCCUCUAUGUUCUCGUUUUACCUAAGUUAUUGCUCUUCGUUGUUUUGUAUUGUUUUAUUUUGAAGGCAGGGACAAACUGAACAUGUCGCGAGCGCACACACACUUCCAAACACCAACUUUCCAGGCCCUUGUACCCAUUUGUAGUCCUUUGUCACCUGCUGUCCUGUUCACAGCCCAGCACUGAGGGCUGCUGUCACUGGAGUCCUGUACAGUCCGGCCUCAGAGCAAGCUAACAGCAUGUUCGGUCUUCCUUUAAUGAGGCUCCUCUGCAGGAGGCUGGCCAUGCAAGCCAAAGCCCAUCCAAAGAGUCUGUGACAUUUCUAACCGGCUCUGUCUUCAGCCGCUAUCGUCUCCGCGGCCUGUUGGGAGUCCGUCUGUCUCCGCCCGUCUCUCUCUCUCUGUGUCUCUGUCUCUC